AUGUCCAUUGUUUGUGCGAUAUUCGUAUCAUUGUUGGAUUACUAUGGACAAACUCGGGUGAAAGUUGAAGUGAAAGUGGCCCAGAGGUCCAAAUAUGUUACGUUCAGAGAAAUCCGAUUACUCCCUAAAUCAUUCUGGCUUCACUGCCUUGCCAUCAUGUCAUUCUACGCGUGUUAUCUACCUUUAAUUGGAAACGGUAGUAAAUAUAUACAAGACCGGUAUGGUUACUCAAAAACAACGGCAUCCUACUAUAACGGGGCUGUGUAUGAUGUAUCCGUUCUGAUAUCGCCAUUGGCUGGGAUCAUCUUGAGAAAGAUGAACGUGACGGGGAUCGUGAUGUCGUGUUGUGCGGCGCUGACUAUUCCAGUGUUUCCACUACUAUCUUUCUGUCCACAGAUACACCCACUUAUAUUAACAGUGUUUCUGGGAAUCACAUACACUGUUUUUGCAAUUUGUCUGUGGCCGUCUGUGUCUGUGCUCGUGCCGGCGGACAUAUUUGGAACUGCUCAAGGAAUUACCAUUUUUACACAGGGAUUGGGAGUGGGAUUGACAAACCUGGGAAUAGGAAAGAUUCUUGGGACUACUGAAAGUCUAGACAAGGAAGAGCGACUAGCCAACUACAGUAUCAUGUUCUGGGUCCUGUUAAGUCUCUGUAUCAUGUCGGCAGUAUGCAGCAUUGUCGUCAAUAUACUCGAUAUGAAACAGGGUAAUCUGCUAAACCCAGGACUCUCGCAAUUCAGAAGCAAGAAGCUUAUUCUCAGUGUAAACGAAAGGAGUUCCCUGAUUCAACAUUCAGCGUCCAUUGACAUUACUCCCAACGUGAUCGGUCCUGUUUCCGAAAUAUCCCACGGUUACGAGUUGCCACCCUGA